UUUAUUUACCUAAUUAAUGACUAACACUCAUUUGUGUUGCAAAAAAGGUCAGUAAACUAUCCGUUUUUGCCACUAAUAUGUUCAUGUGAGGCUCUCGAAUUGAAUUGAGAGAGCUCAGUGUGAUUUGGUGCGUCAAGAUGAUCGUCAUCUCCGGCAGCAGAGCGAGACUCUGUCAAUACUUAGUGGCGUUUUGUGCCAAUUUGAGUGGGCUAAACUACUGUUUUGCCAUUGGAUGGAUUUCCAGCACUGUCGUUCUGCUCACUUCCGACAACACGCCAAUGUCUGCGGGCCCGUUGAGCACAGCUCAAGUGUCUCUGUUCGGAUCUAUGUUGUAUUUAGGGGCAAUAGCUGGAUCGCUGAUCUUCGGCAGCUUGGCUGAUUGCAUUGGGCGGAAGUGGAGUCUCUACAUUGGCACUCUGAUGCACAUCGCGGCCUACAUUUUGAUCGCCUUGUCGGAGAAUUUCGUGACUUUGGUUAUUGCCAGAGUCCUCAAUGGGAUUGGAGUUGGAUGUUCUUUCGUUGUGAUUCCGGUGUUUGUGUCGGAAAUUUCUGAGAAGGAGAUUCGUGGCAUUUUAGGGGGCAUUUUCAAUGGAGUUCUCCACUGUGGAACACUCUUGACAAGAAUCAUUUGUGCCUAUGUUGGAUUUCACAUCACCCCUUAUAUUUUCAUUGCUUGCAACAGUGUUUUCUUGUGUGUCUUUUUAAUAAUGCACGAAACACCGCAGUAUUUGCUGCUUAAGGGGAGGGAAAGAGCUGCUGAGGAGGCUUUGAGGUUCUUCAGGGCUGUUCCGGAGGGUAAAGAAAUGCCCCAGAAGUGCAAGGAGGAGUUUGAAGAGCUUAAGAACUCUCCGACGCUGAAAAACCAGACAGAGAGUUUAUCCUGGGAUGACUUUAAACCGAAAUCCUCGUGGAAGGCUCUGAUCGUGUGCACUGUUCUCUAUGCUGGCAAGUUCCUCAGUGGAAUUCAAGUGAUUGUGGCUUAUUUGGGCGUUAUAUUCACUCGAAUGAACUUCACCAUGAAUCCUGAAUUGGCUGCCCUCAUCGCGACACUUUUGGGCGUUCCCUCGGCCUUCGUCCUCUUCUCCGUGGUGGAAUCUUGGGGCAGGAAGGUGGUGAUGAUCGUCUCGGCUCUGUUGACGGCGGCAUUUCUGGUUCCUCUGGCGCUCUUCGCGAGAUACAACGCCAUUUGGCACGUUCAUGACUAUUGGGCGCUUGCAGUGAUCGGUGUGGUAUUAUUCGUAUCCACGCCUGGUGUGGUGUCCAUGCCUCUUCAGCUGUCAGCUGAAAUCCUGCCGCCAAAAUUGAGGAGUUGUAUUGCGUCAGCCAUGAUGAUGAUGGCCUGGCUCGGGAUGUUCACAAUUGUGCACUUCUUCCUGAUCUGGAUCGAGGAUAUUGGUCUGGAUAUUUUGAUGUGGUUCUUCAUUGGGUGGUGCAUCUUCGAAGCGCUGUUUGUACUGAAAUUUCUGCCAGAAACUAAAGGAAAGACAUACGAUGAGAUUUCUAAAGACUUCUGAUUUUCCAUCGAGAAAAGUACGCCUAUUUCAAAUGAAAGUAACAGUUUACUAUUGUUACUUCGUGAAUUUUGUUUGAAACACUUAACAUUUUUCUUUUUAUUGCUUGAAAAAUCUGCAUAAAUAAUAAUGCAAUUAUCAUGAAUUUGUAUAAUGCAUUUUGCGAUAAAAUAAUAACGAUAGAAACUAUGUAUAUAUUCUAUAAGAGAGUUUUGUUAUAACUUAUAAACAUAGUGAGCAAUUUUUUUGCUUCUUCCAUCACUGAAAUUAACCAGAAAUUGCAUCUGCAAAGAUGGCUUUG